CGCCAGAGACACCUACCACAAUCUACUGUUUUAUAUGUGACCUCCUUCGUCUACGGUUGUCUGCCGAUAGCACCUGGCUAUUUUCAUUAUUCCACACUACGAUCGAAUGUCGUGUAUGGAGGGGGCCUCUACGUCAAUGCACUGAAACAUUGUAAUUCUUCCCGAUUAUAGGCGAGGCAGCCAAUAUCACAGGGUGUCAAGAGCUUGUUCGGCGCCUUGAAGAGCCAAGUCGAAAGCCACAAUACGCCUACAUCGAUGGAACAAAGAGUUCUCCGGGAGAGAUGGAUUCGACCGUGAAACGAGACACGGGCUCGGAGGCAGUGCCAUCUGCAAAGUUCUUACAAGCAAGAAUCACGGCUCUUUCCACCACGUUGAUCAAGCGAUUGGAAAACAUCUUUGCAGUGGCUCUGGAUGAGACGGGCUCAGGUUCUACUUUUCCUCCCGGGGGUAAUGAUGCCCCAGCACCUGCAUCCUUGACAGAAACCUCGAUCCAGCAGUUUCAGCUGGACGUCGAAUCCACAGCGGUCAUCCGAGCCGCGGAAGAGAUCAUGAUGUUGACGCGCACAUUGAAGGAGAUCUGGCUGUUUGGUGGGCUGGACACACUAGAAGAGGAUCGUCAUAAUGAAAGAGAUGAAGCGAUGCGAAAAAGGAUGGACGAGGACAUCAAAGUAGUUGAGGAUGGAUUCAGACGAUUCUUGGAAAAGUACGAGACUGCCAUCGAGGUAGACACGAAUAGUACGCGUAAGGCAGUUGAGGCAUAAUCAUCGAGCAUCAAGCACUCGUGCUCGGUUUUGGAUGCACACGGGCGCGUAACUAAAGACAGCCAAGGAAACCUCGAAGUGUCCCAUUUAAUGCAAGAUGCGCAUAAGGCGAAAUAGCUGGAGAAAUGAGAGGACGCGUACGAGUAUCGA